CUUUGUGAACGACGGCCGACGGAGACAUUUUAAAUAAACACACAGCUAACUGCUAACGGCUAACGGGGCUCGCUGUGGUGCGAGCGGACUGCGCCAAAAAAACACGUUCAAAUUGAUCCAAGUUGUCCAGAAGUAAAGUGCAUUCAGAAGUGCAUUGUUUGUGCAUCGCGUACCAGACAAACUGCUAAUUACCGAAGAUGUCGAAAAGUGCGUCGUUGGGAGAAGAAGAAUAUAACUAAGGCUGCGCAGGUGAGCUCCUGUCCAGGCACAUUGGUCCAUGUUUGUUGGACCUUUGGGCUCUGGGCUCAACUAGCAUGAAGAUGGCUGAUUCAGAGAAAGCAGAAGAAUUUGUGGAUGCUGAGUGCCCCCCAGAGUGCCUUGAUGAAGCACAAUCAGCCACCGCUUCUGGUCAAGGAGAGCAGGAUGAACACCUGAAAACAGAGACCACCACCAGUACCAGCUCACCCCCAAGGGAAAAGGAGGGAGACAGCCCAUUGCAUACAGAGGGAGAGCAGAGUCUCCUCUCCAUGCCAUUCCUGAUGAAGGAGCUCCGCCGAGACUCCCCAGAGUCCCAACAUGCCUCUACGGGGAGUGACAAGCCUGUGUCUCGUCAUAUCUAUGAGAGUGACUCCUCAAACCCCUGCAUGCUCUCCCCUUCAUCCAGCGGCCACCUGGCUGAUUCAGACACACUUUCCUCAGGGGAAGAAAGGGCCGCUCCUCCUGUAUGUGAGGAAGAAGAGGGCAGCAUGGAAGCUGCAAAUGAUCCUGGACAGGCGGCAGCAAGGCAAGCCUCCGCCACGGCUUCAGGGGGUAGGAAGUCUCGGCGGUCACGUUCAGAAAGUGAAAUGCCUCCCAGUGCGAUGGCUGCAAAGAAGAAUCGCUGCCAGCCCGCUGUGGUAGCAGCAGGAGGGCAGGAAAAACAAACCAAUGGCAAGCUGGCAAAAGUGAAAGGUCACCGGAGCCAAAAACACAAGGAGCGUAUGCGUCUGCUGAGGCAAAAACGAGAGGCAGCAGCACGGAAGAAGUAUAACCUGCUGCAGGACAGCAGUACGAGUGACAGCGAGCUCACAUGCGACUCAAGCACCAGCUCAUCUGAGGACGACGACGAUGAUACUUCAGGAGGUAGCAAGACAAUCAAGACAGAUAUUCCAGACGGGCCUCCAGUAGUGGGUCACUAUGAUAUUUCAGACACUGAUUCUAACCAGGAGAGUAUGAAUGUGGAGACAGUCCGGCCUACGGUGAUAAAGCAUGAGCUAAAAACACACAGAGGCCAGGAUAUGGCACCUCACUCUGGGUGUAUAAGAGCUCUGAGCUCAAUCUCAGGCCACGUGGAGGCAGAGCUGUCGCACAAGGAGAGUUCUCAACACAAGGGCCAGAUUAACAUUGCUUCCUCUGACAGUGAGGUGGAAAUAGUGGGAGUGCAAGAGAAAGCACGAUGCGCCCAUCCAUGCGGAGGGGUGAUAAAGAGUUUGUCCUCCUGGAAGGAAAGCUCAGUGGAGCAGUUAAACAGCACAAAUCAAUCACAGCUCUGGACUACUGUUUCCCCUCAGCCCAACUGGGUGUCCCCUCCUGAAGUGGUGGACCUCACGCUGGACGAGGACCCCGGACACAAGUACCUACUUUAAACGACUUGUUACACUGAAGACUCGUCAUUUCUCCCUCUCGCUCCUCCUCGUCCAUCUCGCCUCCCCUUCGUGUUAAGGCUGAAAUUCUUUCUAGAGUCGCAGCCUCGCCUGUAACUGCUUGUGGACUCUUCCUGCCCCCAGAGCACUCUUAGUUUUUAACUCACCGUCGAACAAUCAUGUAUCAAAGCCAUUCUACUGACGUGAUUCCCCGAUCUUGGCUUAUCAGCUGUGGAUUUAGUCGUAAUAAAAUGGCACAACACUUGGAGUGCAGGUGGAAAUCUACACGAGUGAUUUAUCUGUUAAUGAUAGCAAUAUCUUCCCUUCAUUUAAUACCUCAGUUUCUCCCUCGGUAACAGGAUGUAGGUAGUCAUUUUGUGUUGUGUGCUUGCAAGCUGCAUAGUGAAAUCUCCAAGUUGCUGCUUCAGAGCAGGUCAAUAUCACAACAUUGCCGUUGACUUGCUUCACUACAGACUUCGAGUGGGAUGUUUUCAGACUGGAUUCGGCUUUUUUUAUCUGCUGUCACCCGCGGUCAAGACAAAAUGGCCGCUGGUGAACUUUCUAUUGUACAGUAAACCGUAGACAGAUGGCAGAGUUUACUUUGUACCCGUCUCGCGUGAUUUUUAUUUUCUAAAGUCUCACCACUGGAUUCACACUCGGAUUAAUCUGCAUUUAUGGUUUGCUUUACUAUACAAUGUCCUGCAUAGCCUCUGAUACUGUUAGUGUUUUGGUUUAUCCUGAAGGAAUCAUUGGACAUUUUGGGGAAACAUUUGCCGAGAGUUACAAGAGAAGAUUGACACCUAUUUGUUAGAAAUAGCUCUGGUUAGCUCAGGUUAAGAUCAGAUUCAGGGAAAUGACUAGCCUGACUCUUACGACACUCAACAAAAAUAUAAACACAACACUUUUGUUUUUGCUCCCAUUUUUUAUGAGAUGAACUCAAAGAUUUAAAACUUUUUCCACUUACACAAUAUCACCAUUUCUCUCAAAUAUUGUUUACAAAUCUGUGAUAGUGAGCACGUCUCCUUUGCUGAGAUAAUCCAUCCCACCUCACAGGUGUGCCAUAUCAAGAUGCUGAUUAGACACCAUGAUUAGUGCACAGGUGUGUCUUAGACUGCCCACAAUAAAAGACCGCUCUGAAAUGUGCAGUUUUAUCACACAGCACAAUGCCACAGAUGUGGCAAGAUUUGAGGGAGCGUGCAAUUGGCAUGCUGACAGCAGGAAUGUCAACCAGAGCUGUUGCUCGUGUAUUGAAUGUUCAUUUCUCUACCAUAAGCCGUCUCCAAAGGCGUUUCAGAGAAUUUGGCAGUACAUCCAACCAGCAUCACAACCGCAGACCACGUGUAACCACACCAGCCCAGGACCUCCACAUCCAGCAUGUUCACCUCCAAGAUCGCCUGAGACCAGCCACUCGGACAGCUGCUGAAAAAAUCGGUUUGCAUCACCAAAGAAUAUCCAAUAAACAAAACUGCACCUUUCAGAGUGGCCUUUUAUUGUGGGCAGUCUAAGGCACACCUGUGCACUAAUCAUGGUGUCUAAUCAGCAUCUUGAUAUGACACACCUGUGAGGUGGGAUGGAUUAUCUCAGCAAAGGAGAAGUGCUCACUGUCACAGAUUUAGACAGAUUUGUAGACAAUAUUUGAGAGAAAUGGUGAUAUUGUGUAUGUGGAAAAAGUUUUAGAUCUUUGAGUUCAUCUCAUAAAAAAUGGGAGCAAAAACAAAAGUGUUACGUUUAUAUUUUUGUUGAGUGUAGCUCCUCUAAAGCUCACUAAUUAGCAUGCUAUGUUUUGUUUUUUAAUCUGCACAUCAAUUAUAUCAUUUGUUUUGGUGAGGGGGGGUUAUGUGUCUAUUUCUUGACCAGGCACAAUAACUUCCUGGAGUCGCCUCUUGUCAAAUAGUUGACUAGAUACCAGCUCAAUGAGUCUUUGUGCUAAGCUGAGCUAACUGGUAGCUUCGUAUUCAACAGAUAGACACCAGAGUGGUAUCAGCCUUUUCUUUUGUUACUGCUUCAGAAGAAUCAUAGUUCCCAAAAUGUCUUUUGAUUUGAGUCGUCUGUUACUGCUAUAUCACAAACAGUUUUUCCUUUUUAUGAAAAUGAACAGAAAACCACUGUUUAGACUCUGAGGGAAAAACUGAAACGCACUACAAAAUACAGCUGAUUUCCACUGCUGCAGCACCGUGUGUGAUGCUGGCGGUAUAUUGGCGAUAGAAAUGACUUAGCUUUUUGUGUUACGAUUUAUCAGAAGCCACGUUUUUGAGUCUGAGUGUCCCAGGCGACGUAGUUCUCAGUGAAUGUAUGACCUUGCAGUGCUGACUGGGUGUGCUUGUCGUUUGCAUGCUUCUCCUGAAUAGAUGCAAACUCCUUUAAACCUCUGGGGACCCCUUUAUAAUAACUGAGGAUGUGUAUCUUCCAUUGAAAUACUGCAAAGCAAGAUGGCCUGAAUGCCUUGAAAUGUGCACUAUUUUCUUUUCGAAUGGUAUAAAGCUUAUUCUUUUACCUUACAAAGCAGCCGAUUUUGCUAUCUCAACAAUAAAUAUUUUAAUAAUAGAUGUGAAUUUAGCACACAUAUAAAAAGAGUCAAAGUGGUGUUGAGUUUGUGCCCACGUGUGGCGCGUUUCUAGACAUUUACUGUAUGAACUGUUUUUACCCUGAUCCUCAGGGCUUGCUCGCUCUCUUUCCCUGCAGUCUUAUUUUGUCUUCAUGCAGUACUGCAGCCACGCUGGCAAGUUUUUUAUCUACAAUCCAACAUCACUCAAUAUUUUGACACUUAGAUUUGUUCUAUCGCACAUUGAGUAACAUUUACUUUCCUAAGUGAAGCUUGAGAAAUAUAGAGUUAUUCUUUUAACUUCUGCUGGUCACAGAAAGGGAAAAUCCUAAAUAUAAAUAACUAAACCAAAGUCUAAAUGGAAUUCAUGUUCUCAGUUUCUUUUAUUUCCCUUUUUAUCUUUAGAAAGUCUAAAUCUUUUAAUUUGGAAGUCAGUGCACUUGUUGUGAAGAUGUGACAUGAAUUUUGUUUCGAAUUCAAGAUAUUGUUUGGUAUAUUUUUGUUCUUCCUUCGGCCAGUCCUUUCCACUAUAUGCAGCUACCACUGUAAUACUUUUUGAUCCGACCACUUCUGCUUGCAAAAUCCAUUUUUUGCUCUUGUUCCGUGGGAUUAAUAUGACCUGUUAGUAAGACAUUGCUCAUGUCUUUAGUGAUAGAGGUGUGUUAGAAAACAGGGCAGCGAUGCUCGACUUUGGUUGCACAUAGCAUGUUCGGUGGCAUCUUUUAACCUCAAGUCAGAUAUUAUCCUCAUUACCAGUAAUUCAGCCUUGCUCUUCUGUUAUUUUUAUUCUAUUUUACUGUCAGUAUUUUAAAUUAACAAAAAAAAACUGUGUUUAUUUUGUUGCUUCUGAAAGUCCCUGACUUCCUUGAAAUUAUGUCUGUAGAACAAAAAGAAACUAUUUUAAAACUAAAUAAAUAGAGCGUUAUUUAAUGA